AUGUCGCCUUCUAUCACUUCCGCAGAGACCUACAACAUCGCCUCUAUCCCGGCUGAUGGCAUCGGCCCAGAGGUUAUCGAAGCCGGUAUCACAGCUCUGAAUGCCUUGAUGGAUACCCUCCAGACCUUCAAGCUGAACUUCAAAAACUACGACUGGAGCUCAGAGACAUACAAGAAGACUGGAAAGUACAUUCCCGUUGGCGGACUUGAGGAGCUGAAGAAGCACGAUGCUAUCUUCUUCGAUGCUGUCGGAGCACCUGACGUCCCCGACCAUAUCUCGCUAGUCUUCCGCGGUACCGAGUCGCCUCUCCGUAACUGCAAGGCCGGUGAUCUCGACUGGGUGAUUAUCCGUGAGAACAGCGAAGGCGAAUACGCCGGUCAAGGUGGUCGUUCUCACCAAGGCAAGGCAUGGGAGGUUGCCACCGAGGUCUCUAUCUUCUCUCGUGUGGGAGUUGAGAGAAUGAUGCGCUUCGCCUUCGAGACCGCCCAGAAGCGUCCUCUUGAUGCCAUGACUACUCGUAUGGUGUUAAAGCCCGAGACUCUGGAUACCAGUGUGGCUACCAACCUGCACGCCGAUAUUCUUUCCGAUCUUGCUGCUUCUCUGGCUGGUUCUAUCGGAAUCGCCCCUACCUCUAACCUUGAUCCCACUCGCCAGUACCCCAGCAUGUUUAAGCCUAUUCACGGCUCUGCUUUCGAUAUCACAGGAAUAGGCAUCUCUAACCCCGUGGCUACUUUCUGGACCGCUGCCGAAAUGCUCGCCUGGUUGGGCGAGGAGGAGGCCUCGAAGAAGCUGCUUGUAUGCGUUGAGAAUGUCUGCGAGCAGGGAGUUCUCACUCGUGAUUUGGUUGGAAAGGCUACAACCAAGGAGGUCACCGCGGCUGUUGUCGUUGAGAUUAAGAGACUGGGUUCCAAAUAG